AUGGACAUUCACCGGUGCCGCUUUGUGCAAUACCCUCCACACUCCAUCAACGCGCUCGCCUUCUCUCACUCCUCCGAUCCAAAGAAGAAGGCGCCUUCCGAUCUUCGUCUCGCGGUCGGUCGUAAUAACGGCGAUAUCGAACUGUGGAAUCCUAGGGAUAGUCUCUGGGUACAAGAAACAAUUCUCAGAGGAAGCACAGACACCACGAUCGAGCAACUAGUCUGGACGCAAGACAUAAUUCUCGACGACGAUGCAAAUGUGUCCAAAUUUUCACCUGGAGCCCUCCGUCUGUUCAGCAGCUCAGGAACAAGUUCAAUUACUGAAUGGGACCUGUCUACCGGGUCACCCAAAAGACAAGCAGAGGGAAAUUUCGGAGACAUCUGGUGCUUCGCCGCGCAACCACAGCCUGAAAGAAUUGAAAACUCGGACACACUUGCAAAUGGUGCAGCUUCUCAGCUUCUAGCGGCAGGGUGCUCCAAUGGCACAGUCGUUCUAUUUUCUACAGAUGAUGGCGAUCUGCGCUAUUCCCGAACUCUCCUGGCCCCGCCGGUCAGGAAGCCAAAGGCCUUAAGCAUAACCUGGCGAGACCGCAAUACAGUGGUUGUUGGUUAUGAGGACAGCACGAUCCGAGUGAUUGAUGUUCCAAGCAGAAAGAUUAUUCGAAACAUGAGUUUGGGAAAGCCCGUCGACGGCAACUACUCUGUGGUAUGGACUGUCAAGUGCCUUCCUGAUGGAGCCAUAGUAUCUGGUGAUUCUUCAGGCGAGUUGAAAAUAUGGGACCCAAGGAAUUAUUCUUUGGUCCAGAGGCUCAAAAGUCACAAGGCGGAUAUUCUCGAUAUUGCUACAAGCCAUUCUGGAGACAUGAUUUUCUCACUCGGUGUUGACAGGAGGACAGUCAGCUACAAGCCCGUUGCUGCACACCCAGGAUCCAAGAAAACGAGAUGGGCGGAAGUUACUCACAGGAGGUUUCACCAGCACGAUGUCAAAUGCUCUGCAAGCUUCGAGAGCGAGGAAUUGAGUGUUCUAGUGUCAGGAGGCAUGGAUGCCAGACCAGUCGUCGUCCCAAUCCGAAAGUCACAGAGCGAAUUGCACCGCACUCUUCCCCAUCUGCCACAAUAUCCUCCCAUGUCCUCUUCCCAGAUAGCCAGGCUUUUUAUUUCCUGGUGGGAUCGCGAGAUCGUCGUGUACCACAUGCAGAAAGACAGAGGUACCGACAACACCUUCGACCUCAAUCUCUCUGCAGAUCCGUCUUAUGAAACUCUUGCCAGACUAGUUAUGCAAGAAGGUGAGAAUCUUCAAGAUGCCAAAAUCUCGCAUGACGGAAAGUUUAUUGUCGCCGCCACGAGCAACAGUGUCAAACUGUUCCAGUUACGGAAGACUCAGGUGUCCGGACGGCCCUGCCUUCGAACAAGACAGAUCGACCUGCCCCCCUCAAUCACUCGUCUCGGCUCAAGACGUGUGGGCUUUUCUCCUGACGGCAAAUGGCUGUACAUGGUCAGAAAAGAUAACACAGUGACCCUGGCUAAGAUCCUGGUACCAGAAGACCAGAAAGAACGUCCUUCGAUACACGAAAACUUGACCAAAUUGUAUCGUGCGCCGCGACAGACGUUGCCUUCCUCUCUGGGCAGUUACAAUCAAACCAUAACGCAGGUUGCAUUCUCCAACGACAGCCGGGUGCUUGCAGUGGGAGAUCUGUCUGGUGCGAUCGAUGCCUGGAUUCUCGAAGGCCACGAAGAUUUGGACUUUAUCGAGGCCGCGUCAGACAACUCGGGCGACUCAUCAGACUCAUCGUCAUCCUCCUCCUCCUCUGAAGACGACGAAGAUGAAGCACCCGUGAUCCAUGGGCAGAAGUGGAUUCGCAACCCUGCUGGCUCACAAUUUCCGAAACUUGAUUCUUCCAUUCUCAUACUGGCAUUCCGCCCUUCGCCCGUCAUACCAGCAUCAAACUCAGGGAAUGGAAACUUGGGUCUUCAUGCGACGCGCCACACUCCGCACCCCGUCUCGCCAGAAUUUCCUUCAGCCGAUCACAGAGUUAUUGCUAUUACUGCCACGCAUCAGCUUGUGGAGUUCGAUGUUCUGAGCGGCAAAUUAAGCGACUGGUCAAGACGAAAUCCGUCGAAAUAUCUCCCACACGAGUUCACCCAUCUCAAAGACCGGGUCGAGGGCUGGUUCUGGGACUGUAAGAACCAAGAAAAGAAAGGGGAGCGUCUGUGGCUUUAUGGUUCCACAUGGAUCUUCAUGUUCGACAUUUCCCAAGAUCUGCAGCAGGAUCCGAGAACCUCCGCGAAUGGCGUAGUGAAAAAGCAGAGGGCUGGUAGAUUAGGCCGCUAUGAUGUGUUGCAGCCGGCGCACGAGGACGGCUCAACCACCAACGCUCAGUUGGAGUUGCGCGAGGCGCCAGAUGCCCACAUCCAUCACCUUACCAAAGGUAAGGAGGCCAAUGUCAGCAAGAAACGGAAACGCAACACCGGGGCUGGCGACGCAAUUCCCGAGCGCGAGCGGCAGAACGGUGUUGGAAGUACUCUGCUUCAAUUCCGGGCCGGGGGUGAUGAUGUCCAGAUGAUUGAUAUCGAUGCCGACACGGCCGACGGAGACAGUGAGCUGGAAUGGGAGCUAGAAGAGAGCAAUGGAGACGAUCUUGCUUUGAUGCGACGGAGCGGGGACGGGACCGAUGCUCAAGCUCUACACGCGACAGAGCCCUCCCCAUCGAGGUCGAUCAUAUCACGACCCUCCCACUGGUAUACGUUCGCGUAUCGUUCGAUCCUGGGUAUAUCCGUGAUUGGGGCUGACCAAGAAUUCGAUGGACCGUCGAAGUCUGCGACCGCACCGGAGAAUUCACCGAACAAAGCGUCAUCGACGCCGGCACCUUCGGAGGAGAAUAUUGAAGUCGUCAUCGUGGAGCGCUCCAUGUACGACGUCGAGCAACUCCCCCGGUUCGAGGGCGGCCAGGAUUGGGAGACUUGA